GGCCCAUGAAAUAAUAUGAGGAAUUAUUACUGCUGUGUCGUUACUCCGUCCAGCAGGUGGCGUUGUUAACAACUCCAACACCACCGAAGCAGUGAGGGCAUUCCUGGCCGCUCACCUACAGUUGAAGCUAUUUUUCAACACUAACGGUUGUCGUUGCUUGUUUCUAAAGCUCACUAAAGGGAGUGCACUGGCUGCAUAAACCGACAGAGAGGCUGGCUGAAGGAUGAAUCCACUGGACUGGGAUGCUUACAGAACACCACAGAGAAAUCUGCACCCACAUCACCCCAGUGAUGUUAAUAACAUCAUGGAGAACACCCCAAGAACUAACAAUAAGUGGGACACCUACUGUGAAUACUCAAGACACACUGUUGAUGAAACACAUAGCAGCAUGAUGGGAGUGAAUGUGGGAAGGAGGGUGAUCACUCCUCCCCCGCAUAACUUCUACAUGAAGGAGCCAGAAGUGGAGGACCCAGAUGGAGAACCACUUGAAAUGGAUGAAGAGGAUCCAGAGCUGGCGAGGAAGCGGAAAGAGCUCAGAGAGAUAGAGGAGCGGAUAAUGAUGAAGAAAGCCUCUAUUGCUUUGAAAACAGUUGAACCUUUUGGGAGGAAGACGACACCUCCAGAUUAUCCCCAUAAUGAACAAUCAGCCACAUGCAAACAUGCAUCUCUGAAAGACAGGGUGAAUGAAAUUUUGCGGCAGCGUCAUCCUCCUGGCUUUUUCUCAAAGGUCCACUCACUCAGAGAGAGAAUAAACUCAUCCAGCCUGAGCAAAGGUGGUUUGCUGCAGGACAACCAUCUACUGAAGCUCAGAGUGAAGGCAUUAAUGAAGCAGAGAUGUAGUGAUCCGUGUGUUUUACCAGAGAGCAGAGAGGUCCCUGACGUCACGCUGCCUUCCCCUAGUCAAAGCAUUACUUCACUAGCCACAAAGGACAGCGGCAUCAACGAGGGUUUCCAGCGCUUCCUCAGCGUGCUCAACAAAGGCGUGGACAUGGACUUCCUCAGUAGGAUUGUCAACGAUGACAGUGAUCUUCCGUUAGGUGGAGAGCUCCUGAACGUUCAGCCAUCUGCUGUGGAGAACAAGUCAGAUUCACCCUUCAGGAGGGAGAACCAGCAAUCAAAUUGUGGAGCCUCGCUGCUGGGCCACUCUCAGACCAACAGUGGAAAGAAGGUGACUGACCCGCCCAGUCAAGAGCGAGCCCUCAAUGAGAGACAUUCCCUACCUGAUGAUGCAGAGAAGAAGAAUGACAGACAUUUUAGCUCCAGUAGGCGAUCCAGGUCUCCCUUGGCAGGGAAGAAGAGGACGAAGAAAGAAGACGAAAAACCAAAGGUGAAGGAGCAGAGUGAACAGCUCCAGAACAUCCUUAAGACUCUGGGGUUGAGCCUGGAAGUGGAAGAGAUGAGUAAACUCGCAGACCGGACUCAGGAGAGGCUGUAUGGGAAGAAGCAUGAAGACACAAGCGCUAACAGCAGAGAGGAGCAGGAGAGUCAGCAGAGGGGCCCCCAAAGACAUUACAGUAACUCCUCCUCUUCCUCCUCUUCCUCCUCCUACUCAAGGUCGACUAGGUCCAGAAGCUUUAGUCCCAGCCCGUCUCGCUCCCGCAGCAGAGAUAGGAAACGAAGGUCUGAUCGCAGCCGCUCGAGAGACAGGAGCAGAAAUGAACUGAACCGCAGAGACAGUAACCAGCACUGCAAAGAAGAACAGAGGUACGGGGAGAAUAAGAUCUCUACUUACGAACAUCCAUACCCAUCGAACCAAUUGUAUCCACAUCCCCAGCCUGCUGCUUAUCCUCCGUAUCCAGAUUAUAGUUUGUCCCAGGACUCCCAGUAUACUGCCUACCACAGCAGCACUUACAGCCAUGCUACAGAGUCUUACUCGACACAUACUCAGGGUGCCAUUGCUUCUCCCUCUUAUCCUAGCAGCUCUCCUUAUCCACAAAACACCUACCAUCAAUAUCCACGCCCUGUAGUGGCACCUCACUUCAUCUACCCUCGUCCGAGCAUUCUAGACGACCUCAAUUUACUCGUGAAUCCAGACCUGUCUACGAGUGAAGGCCAAACUGGGUCCGUCUCUGGCCCCCGCUGCCUGCAGGUCAUCAGCACUAAGCAGCAGACAAGUGAAAGCUGUCUAAAGGGACUCACAAAAGGCCAUAAGAGGAAGGGGAAACCAGAAACCUGCUUGAAGAGGCAACGCACACGGUGGGCAAGGAGAAAAGAGAUGAUCAAACAACGAAAAAUACAAGAAAGAAUGGCAAGGCAGAAUCUAAAUCCUGUGGAGAUUGUGGAGGCUCCACAGCUCAGUGACAGUGAAGGUGACCCUGAAGCCGAGCAGCCAGAGGAGGACAAGCGGCCGCCAACAGAGGAGGAAGUAAAGGCGAAACUGAGGAAAACGCUUGAAGCAUUUAAUCAGAAGGUGAAGCAGAAAGUCCCACAGUCAGCGAACUCUCUGACCUCCAGUGACCAAUGGACGAGUUAAAGUCUGUGGAGUGUCAGGACUGUCUGACCAUUUGAACCUGCUGUGAGCCCUGACGGACCAUCUGGACCUCAUGUUCAACAUUAAUUAUUUACACAUGCAGUCAAUAGUGUUAAGGGACCAUUUAGUGUUUUAGUUGUAUUUUCCGAUAUGAACUGAAUCAUCUUCGAACCCUAACAAGUAAAUAUUAGGUUUGUCAAAAGAUUAUUUUUGUGCCAUUAGUCUGCAGAUUGUGUUCUGACAGGUUUUACUUGUUUCUGUUCUAUAUUUCUGUAAAUGUCACUCCUUUAUAACUCUGCUUCUAUUUAGCCUUUUGUCUCUGGGUGCUGUAUAGAUUUGAUUAAACAGAAUAUGUUUUGCA